AUGGCAGCGGUAGACGUGGAUGUCGUAGAGAGUGCUUUGAGAGAUGUGAAUUUAUCUAGUGGUAGAGAAACUGUUUUAAAACCAGAGCAAGAAUCAGCAGUAAGGGCUCUUUUAGCCGACAGAGAUGUUCUGGCGGUUUUGCGGACCGGAUACGGCAAGAGUUUAAUUUACCAAAUGUUUGUACGCGCGAAGAACUACGAGCUAAAUGGUAAUGCGGCGAUUCUCGUCAGUUCGCCACUGAAAAGUAUUAUCGAAGGCCAGUUGCAGGAGAUGGAAUUGUUGGGCUACCCAGCGAAAGAUUUAGCCAAUUUAUCAAGGUUCUGCAAUUAUACUGAGUAA